ACCUCCUAUCUUUUCAUUGUUGAGGAAUUAAUUUUCGAAAUGUCACUUCUUCCGUUUAUGGUUCUGCUCUUUGCAGGAUGUGCUCUCGCCAGUUCCAACCGGAUUAUUGGGGGAGAAGAGACAAAAAUUGAAAAUUAUCCGUACAUUGUACAGGUAGAGAUGUAUCAUUCAGGCAACUGGAACCAAGGCUGUGGAGCCAAUAUUAUCUUAAGAGACUGGGUUUUGUCAGCUGCGCACUGUUUUGAAGGAUGGAACUACAGACCAGAGGCCAGACGUAUCAGAGCUGGAUCCACCUACCGUCACGAAGGUGGAUUUAUCCACUACGUAGAUUUUGAGAGAAAUCAUCCCGAGUACGGUGUAAUCGCAACCUAUGACGCUGACAUAAAUGUUGUUAAACUGACUACUCCCCUGGUGUGGAGUCCAACGAUCCAGAGGGGAACCAUUGUGCCACAGGGUUACGUCCUUCCAGACAAUACCCCCGUAGUCCACGCGGGAUGGGGAAACACUACUCCAGGUGGAUUUGCAUCAAGGGUCCUACGUCACGUGGAAAUAUACAAAGUCAACAACUCACUCUGCACUGACCGCUACAAUGAGUUACCAGGCCCUAAUGUCUCACCCAACAUGAUCUGUGCUGGCCUGUUAGACAUUGGAGGCCGUGAUGCCUGUCAGAGAGAUUCUGGUGGUCCAUUAUACGUUGGAAAUGUUAUCGUCGGUAUUGUAUCCUGGGGACAUGGCUGUGCCAAUGCACGUUACCCUGGCAUCAGUACCAAAGUCUCCUCUUACACUAACUGGAUCAUUCAAAACGCUGUCUAAAGCGUCACUGAUUGGCCAGUUGAGGCAAGUCAAGGCAAGGCAAGAGAUGAGGAAAGUUCCACCUGGGGUAGACGUGCCUGCGGUGUUAAGACCCUUUGCUUACUUUACUUUUAAUUAUUAUUUUCAAAGUUAUGUAACUGUAAUAAGGACAACAUUUGAGGCUUAUAUUAUUGACGAUUAUCAGAAUUAAAUAAGAAUAUAAUAUUGUACAGUGAUUGACAGAAUUCUAAGCACUUUUACAUCUAAGUAUAAUCUACUAAAGUUUCACUGAACCUGUUAAAGGCGUUAUUCCUUACCUACCGUUGACUCAUUGUUACUUUAUUACAUGAUUGAUACACAAUAUUUUAAUAAGCGGCUUAACUCAAGACAUGCUUAUCAAAAAGAAUUAGUAUAACACAAGAUUAGCCUGAUUUCGAUAGUCGUAAGGCAAUCAAUUUGUGUCGGCUUAGUGUUCCUGUAGCCAUAUAUUAAAUAUUACUAAUUAAUAUAAUUAAAUAUUAUUAAUAUUUAAAAUUAUAGGUAAACUACAAAUCACUACCAGAAAAUAUCUUAAUAAUAUACACAUAAUAUUGUUAUUUACACUGAAGGAAUUCUUUAUCAAAGAAUAGUUUUAGUAGCGAUCCAGCGCUAUGGCGAGAACGACUUUUUAAUUUUUUAUGAAGGAGGUAAAAAUGCACAACUGCAGGCCCGC